CCACCUUUCACAAUGUCUGCUCUAAUGCCCGGAGUACAAUUGGCAAGGACGGUCACUUCGGCUGCAGCGCUUGGGUUCGUGCCAGUGGCUAUCAAGUUCGGCUUGUUCGACCUUUUGGUCGAGAUUGAGAAACCUGCCCACGGGAAAGAAGUCCUCAUGGCGUACGAACAAUCUGUGGGCAGUGAUAGGAAAAGCAUGCCGUGUCUCCAGUUGAUCGACGAUAUCUUGUACGCUAUGGCGGGACUCGGCUUUGUGGACAUGACAGAUGAUUGCGUUUACUCCGCCAACGACAUAACCCGACAUUUAGUGCACAUACCUUCGGCUCAGCACGGAGCAUUGCACUUCACGACGGAAGCUCUCUUGGCCGGUGCAUUUCUCAUGCGCCGACUGGAGAGUGGUGGCUGUCAAUAUCCAUUUGAGGAGCUCCAUACACCAUUGCAGUUUGUAUACCAAAAGAUGGGCAAUGACGAGCUCGCGCAACAGCAUACCUAUGAUAUUAUGGCAGCCGAAGGACGAAUGGACAGCUUCAAUCGCUUUAUGAUGGGCAAAUUCAUGAAGACCGCCACCGCUCCGGAGCGUCUGGCGCGGUUUAAAUAUCACCUCGACACAGUUCUCCAGGACGCCAAGUCUCGCCGCGUCAUCGCGAUGGCCUUUCCCGAAUUGAGCGACAAGGAUCUGGUGGUCCAGGAGUUCAACCAUGAAAUCCGCGAAAUCCCGGGCCUUACGCUCUCCACAUGGAACUACAAGGAAAAUGACAGUGAACAGCCGAUCCAGGGGGCAGGAGUCUAUCACCUGGCAUAUAUUUUGCACAAUCUGCCUGACCUGGAUGCGGCACGCCUACUGCAAAAGCUCUCGCAGGCCAUGCACCCACAAUCGCGCCUACUGAUCCAUGAGUUUACUAAGAAUGCCAACAAUGCGAAAAUGCAUGCCAGUAUGAUUGCGUUGUUUGGGGGGCGAGAGAGAAGUGCGAGCGAGUGGCGCCAGCUGGCGGCGUUGGCAGGUCUCAGGGUCACCUUUGAGGCCUACCCUGAGGGAGGGGAGGGGCUUGUGAAGAUGAGAAAGCUUUGA